AUGGACAACAGCAAUACCGUCGAACGAAUGCCGACCCGUAUUCUCCACCAGCCUCGACCUCACCGCAUUGUUGAUCUCAACCAUCUCUCUUCGUCUGCCCAAACCAUUCCCGAAAUUCAGAGUGCACCGGCCGUCAUGUCUCAGUUCCCGCAAGAACAUUAUCCUUUCCAUCAUCACCCUGACGUACCGCAGCAUUGGAUUCCAUCGCCGCCUCGAGGACCUAUCGAUGGUCAAUAUCCUAUGUAUUAUACUCCGUACCCUGUCUAUCAGAACUUUCAGCCACCUCCCGAACAGCCACGUUCGACUACUCCUAAAUUCAAAAUCGAAUACUCUUCUAUCCACGCAACUUUUCUUGCAACAAUUAAAGAUGCCGAUUCUUUGAAGGACCGUAAAUCGUGGGUCAAAUGGAAUGAAGGCGUAUGGCAGGCAGUCGCCGAUGGUUUCGUCCUAGGCCACAUAUGUGAUGAACCUUCUCCCGGGACUCCUUGGACUGAAUGGAAUACACCAAUAGUUCGACCGAACAUCUCCAUUCACCCAACGAGAAAGCCCGUCUCAAAUGGGAUAAGAAUGACAGGUGGACUUCUUCAAUCUUAA